CUCAAAAUGAGUCUUAAAAAAGAAGAUGUGAUGGCAUUUCUGGACAAUCACCCAGAAUUUACUGAAAAAUACUUUGCAAAGAAAAUUGAACCAGCGGUCAUAGCUUCUACUUUUGGCCGUAAAGAUCUUGCGGUGGAUUUCAACACAUUCCGGGAACUUGUUCAGGUGGAAGAAAGUGAAAUUCUUUUUGAACUUAUACAAGAUAUGCAAGAAAGUAUUAAUAUGGAGAAAGUAGUGUUUAAGACUUUAAGGCGUAUCAGUUUUCUUAUCAAUGCUGAUCGAUGUAGUCUCUUUAUGUAUAGACAAAGAAAUGGAACUCCGGAGUUAGCCACAAGACUAUUUAAUGUUAAUAGACAUAGCAAACUGGAAGAAUGUCUGGUUCCACCAGAUAGUGAAAUUGUUUUUCCUCUAGAUAUUGGAGUUGUAGGGCAUGUUGCUCAUACUAAAAAGACCAUCAACAUCAAGGAUGUGAAAGAGUUUCAAGCAUACAGCAAAUUUGCAGAUGAACUUACUGAAUAUGACACAAAGAACAUACUUGCCACCCCAAUUAUGAAUGGUAAAGAUGUCGUUGCAGUUAUCAUGGCAGUUAACAAGAUUAAUGGACCAUUUUUUACUAAUUAUGAUGAAGAUGUAUUUUUGAGAUAUUUAAAUUUUGCAUCCUUAAAUCUGAAAAUUUAUCACCUAAGCUACCUACAUAACUGUGAGACAAGGCGAGGACAGGUGCUGUUAUGGUCAGCAAACAAGGUGUUUGAAGAGCUGACAGACAUUGAGCGGCAGUUUCACAAGGCCUUAUACACAGUCAGGGCUUACCUUAAUUGUGACAGAUAUUCAGUUGGCCUUCUAGAUAUGACAAAAGAAAAGGAGUUCUUUGACCUGUGGCCAGUUCUAAUGGGAGAGGUUCCUCCAUAUUCUGGACCUCGCACUCCAGAUGGAAGGGAAAUAGUUUUUUAUAAGGUCAUUGAUUACAUUUUACAUGGAAAAGAAGAUAUUAAAGUUAUACCGAAUCCACCUGCAGAUCACUGGGCUCUGGUUAGUGGCCUUCCAAGCUAUGUGGCAGAAAGUGGCUUUAUUUGUAACAUUAUGAACGCUGCUGCAGAUGAAAUGUUUAAAUUUCAGACAGGACCAUUGGAUGACUCUGGAUGGGUUAUUAAAAAUGUCCUAUCAUUGCCAAUAGUAAACAAGAAAGAGGAAAUUGUUGGAGUUGCUACAUUUUACAACAGAAAAGAUGGAAAACCAUUUGAUGAAAUGGAUGAAACACUAAUGGAAUCUCUAACCCAGUUCCUUGGUUGGUCAGUGCUGAACACUGAUACCUAUGACAAGAUGAACAAAAUGGAGAACCGGAAAGACAUUGCUCAAGAUAUGGUGAUGUAUCAUGUGAAGUGUGACAAGGAUGAAGUUCAAAAUAUUGUGCCAACGCGUGAAGUACUUGGAAAAGAAUUUGCAGAUUGUGAGGAUGAUGAAAUUGCACCACUCCUUAAAAAAGAAUUACCAGGACCCACCAAAUUUGAAAUAUAUGAGUUCCGCUUCUCUGAUUUCGACUGCACUGAAAUAGAGCUCGUCAAAUGUGGAAUACAAAUGUAUUAUGAGCUUGGAGUGGUCAAAAAGUUUCAGAUUCCUCCAGGGGCACUGAUAAGAUUUUUAUAUGCAAUGAAGAAAGGUUACAGAAAGGUCACUUACCAUAACUGGCGCCACGGAUUCAACGUUGCACAAACCAUGUUCACACUUUUAAUGACUGGGAAGCUAAAACGCUACUAUACAGAUCUAGAAGCAAUGGCUAUGGUGACGGCAGGGUUAUGUCAUGACAUUGAUCACAGAGGAACAAAUAAUCUUUACCAGAUGAAAUCCCAACAUCCAUUAGCAAGAUUACAUGGUUCAUCAAUUUUAGAGAGACAUCACUUGGAGUUUGGAAAAUUUUUACUAGCAGAUGAGUCAAUGAACAUUUUUCAAAAUCUGAACAGAAGACAACAUGAACUUGUGAUUCAUCUAAUGGAUAUUGCUAUAAUAGCAACAGAUCUGGCACUUUACUUCAAAAAAAGGACAAUGUUUCAGAAAAUUGUAGACCAAUCAAAAACCUUUGAUGAUCAACAAAAGUGGAUUGAAUACCUAUCACUUGAGACCACAAGGAAAGAAAUAAUUAUGGCUAUGAUGAUGACAGCAUGUGAUUUAUCUGCCAUCACAAAACCUUGGGAAGUUCAGAGCAAGGUUGCUCUAUUAGUAGCAGCUGAGUUCUGGGAGCAAGGUGACUUGGAAAGAACAGUCCUGCAGCAACAGCCUAUUCCCAUGAUGGACAGAAACAAGUCUGCUGAACUGCCGAAACUACAAUGUGGUUUUAUUGACUUUGUCUGCACAUUUGUCUACAAGGAAUUUUCCCGCUUUCAUGAGGAAAUUCAGCCAAUGCUAGAUGGGUUGUUAAAUAACAGGAAGGAGUGGAAAGCCCUACAGGAUGAAUAUGAGGCCAAACUGAAGUUGAUUGAAGAUGAAAAGAAAAAGAAAGAAGAAGAACUUGCUGCAAAAAAAGCUGCAGCAGAUGGAGUCAGCACUGCCAAAUCUUCAACCUGUUCAAUAAGUUAAUAUCAUCAAGUACAUAUUUUUUUCAACACGUUCUAGAUGGAAAUGAGGAAAACUGAAGACUGCACCUACACAGACAAUCUGCUUAUCCUGCUUUUUCUUUUAAUUAUCAUGUAAAGCUUAUUAAUAAUGUAAUACUCAAUUUGCAAUGGUCUAAACAACCUCUAGUUUGUCAUUGACUUUUCAU